UCAGCCGCUGGGCGGCGGGACUUGUUAGUUCCGGGUCGAGGUGCAGGUGACCCCCGGAUUCCAAAAGCUUUUCCCGGAGUUAAUAUGGCUGCUGCCGGCGAGCGGCUGGGACGCAGAUGAGGGAAGGGCGCGAGGCUUUCCUGAGGCUUUGCCAGCGAUCCCUCAGCGAUGGCGCUCCGGUCGCGGCUCUGGGAGUGGCUGUCGGUUUGCAGGAACCCUGGGUGUGGGGUCGCAGCGUUCUCAACCAGUUCCAAGCCAGCGCCGAAGCCUGACGUGGACCCUCUGGAAAAUGCAGCUGUUGCCCCAGAGUUCACCAAUCGGAACCCCCGCAAUCUGGAACUCUUAGGAGUGGCCAGGAAAGAGCGGGGUUGGGGGACAGCGUGGCCCUCCCGUGAGUUCUGGCACAGGUUGCGAGUUAUCAGGACUCAGCAUCACGUAGAAGCGCGCGUUGAGCAUCGCAACGGCCAGGUUGUGGUUUCAGCAUCCACUCGGGAAUGGGCUAUUAAAAAGCACCUUUACAGCACCAGAAAUGUGGUGGCCUGUGAGAGUGUAGGACGAGUGCUGGCAGAACGAUGCUUAGAGGCAGGAAUCAACUUCAUGGUCUACCAGCCCACUCCUUGGGAGGCAGCCUCAGACUCGAUGAAACGACUGCAGAGUGCCAUGACAGAAGGUGGUGUGGUGCUGCGGGAGCCUCGGAGAAUCUAUGAAUGAGAGAGGAGCAUUGUUCCGAACCUAUGAAUACAAAAGCUGUGAGCUGUCCUGUCCUCCAGAAGAGAGCAUUUGGAAGAGCAUCCAGUUUGGAAGUUUUGUCUAAUCAUGUUACUGUGAAGUAUUGUCACUAGUUAAGGUCAUCCCCUCCUUCCCUUGUGUGUGUAUUGAGGGGGCGGUGGUUUAAUCAAGGGCUAAAUUCUUCCCCUCUCUUGGACAGAAGUAUCUGAGAAAAAGCUGUUGCCAGUUAUGAUUAACUUUGCAAGGACAAAUUAAAUGUUGUUUAUAAGUUAAAGAAUAAACACAGAUUAUGAGCUGUU